AUGGGUUUUUAAAGAAUACAUGUGUAGCGAUAAAAAAUGCACUCUAAUCUUAAAUUUUUUAAGAAAAUAAAAAUUCUAUUAGUAUAGGAUUUAUAGGCUAUUGUCAUGAGCUGCAUUUUUAUAAUGUUAGUAAAAGACUUAAUUAGCCUUAAAUUUUU